GUUAGUCACAGUACAAAUUAAUUCUCUUUUCAAAAAGACAGUCUCAAUGAGCCUUAAUGUACAUUGUUCAAGCCAUAGAAAUAGAAAUGCGGCGUUUUCCCCUUUCGGGCGGAGGUGUGGAGCAAGGCGGCGGGGAAUUUUGUGCCUGUUCAUGAUUCACGAUGACUCCGCUACGAUCAGAGCUUCAACCAUCUUGACGCUCUCUUUACUACCUGCUAUAUUUAGUGGGUGCAGGAGCUGCUAUUAGUCCCUGAAACUCAAUCUCUAGCUCCAUUAUCUUUGAAAAUGUUCAAGAAGAAGCCCACUAUCAAAAACCUCUCCCCUCUACGGUCUUCAGACCGGAGGAAGAUCGCCGACCAGAUCAUCAAAGACUACCAAAUUACUGUCCCCGCAGCCCCGACCGAAACACCCGCCGACGGAUCGACUGCGCCAACCCUCGCGUCAAUUCGAAAUGCCCUCCUUCCUGAGAACGCCUUGACAGCGCGCUUCACAACCACAGCAGGUCCGGACCUACGUGAGGUUCAGGGCAUCGUGUAUGUCGGCGCAUAUCCAGAUGGAGAUGAGCGAGUACUCUGGUUCAAGGUGGAACACGGGCCCGGGUCAGACAAGCGCCUGUACCCAACGGUCUAUACUCUAUGGCAGAAUCCGGACUUGGUGCCCUUGCUGUAUACACCGGAAAUGGUUAUGAAGAAGCUACAAGGCGGUGCGGACCUCAUGACACCUGGUUUGGCAAAUGAGCCGCCCUUCCCCCAACGUGCAAUCAAGGGAGCGGUGGUUGCUGUGGCUGGUCUGGAUAGACAUACGGUACCUCUGUUUGUAGGUGUUUGCGAGAUUGAUGUCUCUGCGUUGGGAGAGGUUCAGGGUACGAAGGGCCAUGCUGUUCGGGGUCUCCAUUGGGAAGGAGAUGAGCUGUGGGCCUGGAGCUCAUCGUCUCGGCCUGGUCGGCCUGCUCCAGAGUAUCUGAAGGGCUGGGAUGAGGAAGCAGGUGAUGAGGAAGAGGUUGAUGAGGCUAUUAGUGGUCUCACCCUCGAAGAGAAGAGCGAUGAAGUCAAAGAAGUUUCAGAUGAGGCUCCCGUGACAGAGGAGGAAGAACCGGUCGUGCAAGAGAAAGAGCCUACAACCAAGGAGAUCGAUGAUGCCUUUAUCAAUGCUUUCAUCUACGCUAUCUACAAGCUCAAGCAGGACAACCCAUCAGCCCCCAACCAUGGCCUCACACUGCCUGUUUCGCCUUCAAUCCUGAUUGCCAACCUCGUCACCCCCUACCUCCCCAUCCACUCUACCCAGCAAGUGCAAUAUUAUAGCAUCAAAAAAACCAGCUGGAAGAACGUCAAGAAGUUCAUCAAGCAACUCGACAAAAUGCAUCUAGUCAAGUCCAAGGACCGCAGCGGCCAGGAGACAUACAUCCUAGACAUCGAUUUCGGCGACCGCCGCAUCGAGCAAUUCGUCCCAUACAAGCUCCCAUCGAAAACCGCCCUCGAAACCUCCAACAAAACAUCCCCAUCCGACGCCAAAAAGCCCGCUUCAACAGACGGCGCCGAUCACACCGUUGGCCAAACCCUAAACGUCCAAACCCUCUACCGACCAACCCAAAAGCUCACCCCAGAAAUCUUCCCAGCCUCAUCAUCCAGCAACCCCAAAAACUACUACAAAUACACCGACGUCUCCACCUAUCUAGACACAUACCUGCAAUCCCAAAACCUCAUCUCCCCCGAAAACCGACGCAUCAUCACCCUAAACCCCUUCCUCGCAAACACCAUUUUCACCUCCCCGUCCCCAGAAGACCAAGGAACCCUUAAACGCGGCAAAGUCACCCGCGACGGCCUCCUCAAGCGCAUCGUCGAGGAUCACACCUUCUUACAACCGCAUUACGCCAUCCUGAAACCGGGUCAGACUCUGGCGGAUGUUAAGCCCAAGGCCGGCGCUACGCCGAAAGCUCUUGUCACACUUGAGAAACGCACGGGGUCCAAGACUGUUACGAAAGUGACGGGGUUGGAGGUCUUUGGGAUUGUGCCUGCUCUGUUGGCUGAGGAGUUGCAGAAGAAGUGUGCUAGUAGUACGAGUGUGACGCAGGCCGUGGGUGCGCCAAAGGGGGUUAUGGAGGUUUUGGUGCAGGGCGAUCAGAGGAAGGUUGUUGAUACUGCUUUGGCGCGUCGGGGGUUGAAGAGUCAGUGGGUGGAGGUGGUGGAUAAGACUAAGAAGAAGAAAUAGGGUGUCGGAUGUUUUGCAUGUUGCAUAGUCAUGGAGAGAAAGAAUCUAUCGUGAUUGAUCUUUGGUUAUCAUGAGCCGUGGCAUAUCCUGGCUAGUCUUAGCAUUCAAUAUUCUUGUCGAUAGACUCAUUUUGCAUACUUGGUUGUUGCUAGUGGUUUCCAUUAAUAACAAUAGCAUGUGAAGCAAAGUUUGCAAAUACUUCCUAG